UGAUAUGAAGACGGGAAAGUGCCCUCAUUCGUAUGAGCGUGUGAUAUAGUUGAAUGUAGUGUAUCUGCGAUAGUCGAAAGAGACGUGUAUAGCUUGGUCAUUUGUUUUACCUUAGGCAGUAUGUUAUCUUCAUCUACUGAUGUUGUCGCUCUAGCGAGACAAGAAGCAUUCAAGGAUUUCUCUUUUUUUGAUGAAGAGACCGUGCCUGUGAACAUCCAUAAACCAAUUCUGCUGCAACUAUUAAAAACAACAUCCGCCAUCAUUCUUACUGGGUACAUUCCUGAAAAUGCAUCGAGGUUUUCCGUGAAUUUAAUAUGUAAGACAGUUGGAAAUAUUGCUCUGCAUUUUAAUCCACGACUGGACAGAGGAUAUAUUGUCAGAAAUACAAGAGUGCGUGGAUUUUGGGAGAAUGAAGAGACUUGUUCAUCUGCGGGUUCAAACGGAUGUAUUUUUCGUCGAAACACCUAUGUACAUCUUAUGAUCUUCUGUACAAACGAUGCAUUUCAGAUUGCAGUGAAUGGAGAGCAUUUCUGUACCUUUUACUACAGAUUGCCUCUUGAUGAUGUAACAGCUCUCGAAGUUAAUGGGUCCAUCCAAGAUGUCAGGAUUCGGCAACAUAAUCUAUUUAUAUAUCCAGAUCCUAAUAUUUCCAGACCAUUUCGGAUAUUGGUCUUGACAACUGAAGAACCACUUGUGGAUUUUCUAGAAGUUCCAAUUACUGUGGAUAUUGGUAGCAAAUUUUGUGUCGGCGCUCGUUUAUUUAUUGUGGGAAGAUUAAAGUUACUGCCUCAUUCAUUUUACAUAAAUCUGCAGAAGGGUAAAACCAUUUAUCCUCAUCCCAUUAUACUACUGCAUUUAAAUCCACGUUUUUUAUACGGCAAUAGUGAGCCAUAUGUCGUAAUGAAUUAUUGGAACAAUGGUACAUGGGGUCACGAAGAGCGACAUCAAGGUCAAUUAUCCUGGAUGCCCGGUCGAGACUUCGUACUUAUCAUUCGCUGUGAAUAUGAAGGAUACACGAUAUGGCUAGCUAACAAGAUGAUCGGCGAAUUUAAACACAAAUUGGAAUCAUCCAACGCGGAUACUUUACGAAUCUCUGGUGACGUUGUGCUUUAUCAACUUAGUAUGAGUUAUACUUAA